AUGACAUGUUUCAUCAUACAGUCAGAUAAAAUUGAGUGUCUUCUUGCAGCGAGUACUGGUAUUCAUGGGGCUGGCCAAAUCCAUUUCACCGCCCAAUACUGCCAUAAUCUUGACAUCCUCAGGCUCAGAUUACGUAAACCACUUAACGCGCCCAAAAUCUCGACGCGUCUCACAACUCAAGGUGAUUUCGGAUAUUCUCCUACUAUAAACCCAAUAGUCAAACAACAAUCUUUCAACGUACCUCAAACAUCCCUCGCCAAAAUGUCGGACUAUGAAGAUGAUAUGGAUAUCGAUGCCCCUCCUGUGAGCGAUUCAAUAAUGUUCGGCUCCGAUAACACGAAUUCAAAGGGCAAACGGAGCGCAGCAAAUUUACCUGUGGAGGCAGAAGAUAGUCUUCCAUGGGUUGAAAAAUACCGUCCAGAUACCUUAGAAGAUGUUUCCGGUCAUCAGGAUAUUCUUGCUACUAUAAACAAAUUUGUCGACACAAAUAGACUUCCCCAUCUCCUCUUCUACGGUCCUCCUGGAACCGGUAAAACCUCCACCAUCCUCGCUCUCGCCCGCCGCAUCUAUGGCUCCAAAAACGUGCGCCAAAUGGUACUCGAGCUCAAUGCUUCCGACGACCGCGGCAUCGACGUCGUGCGCGAACAAAUCAAAACAUUCGCCUCCACCAAACAAAUCUUCUCCCUGAAAUCCGGCCCCACGUCUCCCGGCGCCUACAAGCUUAUUAUUCUCGACGAAGCGGAUGCGAUGACUUCGACUGCACAGAUGGCCUUGCGACGAGUGAUGGAGAAAUAUACGGCAAAUACGAGAUUUUGCGUCAUUGCAAAUUAUACACAUAAAUUGAGUCCAGCGUUACUAAGUCGAUGUACGAGAUUUAGGUUUAGUCCGUUGAAGGAGAGGGAUAUUAGGGUGCUGGUUGAUAAGGUGAUUGUGGAGGAGAAUGUGCAGAUCAAUGCGGAAGCUACAGAUGCUUUGGUUAGAUUAAGUAAAGGAGAUAUGAGACGGGCUCUAAAUGUAUUACAGGCUUGUCAUGCUAGUAGUACUCCGAUUCACAUCAAAGGCACACCAAAGAUCGAAGAGAAAGAUAUUGUUCGAGAUCUCAUCACCGAAACUACCAUAUAUGAAUGUAUCGCCUCCCCCCAUCCAGCCGAUAUAUCGAAAAUCAUGAACACCAUUCUCAAAACCUCAGAUGUCAAAUCUUGUUUAACAAUGAUCAGCGCCAUUAAGUCUUCCCAAGGUCUUGCAUUAGCAGAUAUCAUCACUGCGCUAUCAGAAGAACUUACAAAGUUGGAUGUACCAGCUUCUGUAAUGAUUACCUGGCUUCAGGGACUGGCAGAAGUGGAAUAUCGAUUGAGUGGUGGUGGAAGUGAAGUUAUACAGACGGGUGCAGUAGUGGGCGUUGUGAGGGAGGGCGCGGAACUUAUGAAAUAA